UCCAGGACCCGCCUCCUUUGGCCCGGUAUUCCCCUACCGCGCCUGCGCGCUCCCGCCCGGCCACCAUCUUGGAACUGGGGGGAAGCGAGAGAGGGAGAGAGACAGGGAGAGAGACAGACAGAGGGGACUGAGAGGGGAUCAGCCGCCGCGGGCCAGACAGGCCGGCGAGCCCAGGGAAGGGAAGGGAAGGGAAGAAGGGAACGGAAGAAGGCUGCGAGAAGCCCAGCAGGCCGGGAGAAGCAGCCGCAGCGGCAGCAGGAGGGGAGCCGGUGAGGGAAGGAGGGAGGGAGGGGCGGGCAGGCAGGGUCAGCUCCAGCCUUUCCCGCCUCCCCCUGGUGGAGAGAGGGGGAAGGAGGGAGCCGGAGCGGGGGUGGGGGUCGCGGGGCUGUCACCCGCCCCUCCGCCCCAGCCGCCGCCGCCCCACGGGGCGCCCGGGGAGGCCGGCCGGGAGGCACUUGCCGGCCUGUCACUCGCCGUCGGAACAUCCCCAGGAGGACGCCGGGGGUGGGGGGGAGUGUCGGGCGCUCCCCCCCUGUCACCCGAGGAAGUGGGGGGUGGGGAGGGGGCUCCUUCGCUCUCCUCCCGCCCCCGCUGCAGCCCGGGAUUGGGGCAAAGCCGAGGAAGAGGCAGCGAGGGGGUGGGGAGUCCUUCCCCCUCUCGCGGCGGUCCCGGAGCCGCUGGAGGACUCCUGGAGGCGGCGACGGCGGAGACGCUGGGGCCCCGUAGCGACCCCCUCCAGGCUGGGCCCCAAUCCCCGUCCCCCACGGGGCCGACAUGCCGGCAGGGGGCCGGGCUGGGAGCCUGAAGGAUCCAGAUGUGGCUGAACUCUUCUUCAAGGAUGACCCUGAAAAACUAUUUUCUGAUCUCCGGGAGAUUGGCCAUGGCAGUUUUGGAGCUGUCUACUUUGCUCGUGAUGUCCGGAGCAGUGAGGUUGUUGCCAUCAAGAAGAUGUCCUAUAGUGGGAAGCAGUCUAAUGAGAAAUGGCAAGAUAUCAUCAAGGAGGUGCGAUUUCUGCAGAAGCUUCGGCAUCCAAAUACCAUCCAAUACCGAGGCUGUUACCUGAGGGAACAUACUGCUUGGCUGGUGAUGGAGUAUUGCCUGGGUUCUGCCUCUGACCUUCUAGAAGUGCACAAGAAGCCCCUUCAGGAGGUAGAGAUUGCAGCUGUAACCCAUGGUGCACUACAGGGCCUGGCCUAUUUACACUCUCACAACAUGAUCCACAGGGAUGUGAAGGCGGGGAACAUCCUAUUGUCAGAACCAGGCUUGGUCAAGCUAGGGGACUUUGGCUCAGCCUCCAUCAUGGCACCUGCCAACUCCUUUGUGGGCACUCCGUACUGGAUGGCUCCUGAGGUGAUCUUGGCCAUGGAUGAAGGGCAAUAUGAUGGCAAGGUAGACGUGUGGUCUUUGGGAAUCACUUGCAUCGAAUUAGCGGAACGGAAGCCACCACUGUUUAACAUGAAUGCGAUGAGUGCCUUAUACCACAUUGCACAGAAUGAGUCCCCUGUGCUUCAGUCUGGACAUUGGUCUGAAUACUUCCGAAACUUUGUUGACUCUUGUCUCCAAAAAAUUCCUCAAGACAGACCAACUUCAGACGUGCUGCUCAAGCACCGCUUUGUGCUCCGGGAACGACCCCCCACAGUGAUUAUGGAUUUGAUUCAGAGGACCAAGGAUGCAGUUCGGGAGCUAGAUAACCUACAGUAUCGGAAAAUGAAGAAGAUCUUAUUUCAGGAGGCACAGAAUGGCCCCAGCGCUGAAGUACCCGAGGAAGAGGAGGAGACUGAGCCCUACCUGCACCGGGCAGGGACACUAACUAGCCUGGAGAGCAGCCACUCAGUGCCCAGUAUGUCUAUCAGCGCCUCCAGUCAGAGCAGUUCUGUUAAUAGCCUAGCAGAUGCAUCUGACAACGAAGAUGAAGAAGAAGAGGAGGAGGAGGAGGAAGAAGGCCCGGAGACUGGAGAGAUGGCCAUGAUGCAGGAAGGUGAACAUACAGUCACCUCUCACAGCUCUAUCAUCCACCGACUCCCUGGCCCUGAAAACCUAUAUGAUGACCCCUAUCAGCCAGAGGUACCCCCAGGCCCCUUACAGGCCCCUCAGCCUCCAGCUUCUUCCUCUUCUGCCCGUCGACGAGCCUAUUGUCGAAACCGGGAUCACUUUGCCACCAUCCGAACCGCCUCCCUGGUGAGUCGUCAGAUCCAGGAGCACGAGCAGGACUCGGCCCUACGGGAGCAGUUGAGUGGCUAUAAGCGAAUGCGGCGACAGCACCAGAAGCAGUUGCUGGCCCUGGAAUCAAGGCUUCGGGGUGAACGGGAAGAGCACAGUGCCCGGUUGCAGCGGGAGCUGGAGGCCCAGCGUGCCGGCUUUGGGGCUGAGGCAGAAAAACUGGCCCGGCGCCACCAGGCCAUUGGGGAAAAAGAGGCCCGCGCCGCCCAGGCAGAGGAGCGCAAAUUUCAGCAGCACAUUUUAGGCCAGCAGAAGAAGGAGCUAGCCGCUCUUCUGGAAGCGCAGAAACGUACUUACAAGCUGAGGAAGGAACAACUUAAGGAGGAACUUCAGGAGAAUCCAAGUACCCCCAAAAGGGAGAAAGCCGAGUGGCUGCUGCGCCAGAAGGAACAGCUGCAGCAGUGCCAGGCAGAGGAGGAGGCUGGGCUGCUGCGGCGCCAGCGCCAGUACUUUGAGUUGCAGUGCCGCCAGUACAAGCGUAAAAUGCUCCUAGCCCGCCACAGCCUGGAUCAGGACCUGCUGCGGGAGGACCUGAACAAGAAGCAGACUCAGAAGGACCUCGAGUGUGCACUGCUGCUGAGGCAGCAUGAGUCGACUCGGGAACUGGAGGUGAGACAGCUCCAGGCUGUGCAGCGUACCCGAGCUGAGCUUACUCGUCUGCAGCACCAGACGGAGCUGGGAAACCAGCUGGAGUACAACAAGCGGCGUGAGCAGGAGCUGCGCCAGAAGCACGCUGCCCAAGUCCGCCAGCAGCCCAAGAGCCUCAAAGUACGUCCUGAUGAGCGCCCCCCAACCCCCCAAUCCCUUACCCCUCAGGCCCUGGACCCGAGCUCUGGAUCCCUGGGACAACAGCAGACUUGGGAGCUGCCCAGUAGCAGCCCCAGAUUGGAAGAGCGGAGCCUGCUAGGAGAGGAGGCAGCCCAGGAACACAGGACACUGGGAGAGAAGGAAACAGCUGUCCAAGAGCGGAGCAUUCUGGGAGAGGAAGGGGAUAGGGUCUCUCUAGGGCCAGAGGAGCGGAGCAUUGUAGGGGAGGAGGCCAAAGAGGUAGUGGCCCUGUCCUCCAGCUCUGGGGAGCAGAAGAUUCUGGGAGACCAGACGUGGAGGCUUCCCCAUGGGGAGGAAACUGAGGGUCCCAAAACCCUGUCCCCCAGCUCCAGGGAGCGAAGGAUUGUCGGCCAGGAAGAGGCUGAGGAAUGGAGGUUGUGGGGGAAGGAAGAGUGGGGUAUAAUGGGGGAAGAGUUGGAGCUAGGAUGGGACCAGGGGCCAGUCUUGCCCCCAGUCUUGGAGGAGGAUGAGGAUGAAGAAGCCCCCAUUGGGACUCCCAGGGAUCCUGGGGAUGGUUGUUCUUCCCCCGAGAUUCCUCCUGAGCCCCCACCUGGUCCCCUAAGACUGAGCCUCUCUAGUCAGCUCCUAGGACUUUUGUGCCAUGGCCUUCUAGCUGGGCUUUCCUUUGCUGUGGGCUCCUCCCCAGGCCUCUUGCCAUUACUGCUCUUACUACUGCUCCCACUCUUGGCAGCCCAGGGUGGAGGUGGCCUGCAGGCUGCCCUGUUGGCUUUGGAAGUGGGAUUAGUGGGACUAGGGGCCUCAUACUUAUUGCUCUGCACAGCCUUGCACAUGUCCCCCAGCUUUUUCCUGCUUUUAGCCCAGGGGGUGGCCCUGGGAGCAGUGCUAGGGCUGAGUUGGUUAAGGGGCCUUGCUGGGGUGCCCCUAGGCCUUGGGGCUGCUUGGCUCUUAGCUUGGCCAGGCUUAGCCCUACCCUUAGCAGCUGUAGCAGUUGGAGGCAGCUGGUUAAGACAACAGGGCCCAAAGCUUCGGCGGGAACUGUCCAGGAUCUGGCUGCGCGUCCUACUACGCCUGUCCCCAUCAGCCUUCCGGACCUUACAGGGCUGUGGGGCUGUAGGUGACCGGGGCCUCUUUGCCCUCUACCCUAAGACGAACAAGGAUGGCUUCCGAAGUCGGCUGCCAGUCCUGGGACCCCGCCGUGGGCGUCCACACCGGGCCCGAAAUCCCUUAGCUUUACUGGCCCAGGCUUGGGCCCUGUACAAAGGGUGGAACUGGCAACUGGCUAGGGCUGGGAGGGGAUUAGCUGCUCACCUGUCUCCUGGGGCUGCCCAGGCAUUGGCCAGAUGGGGGUUGCUUCGGGGAGAACGCCCAAGUAGGAUUCCUCGGUUGCUGAGGCACGGUCAGCGCUGCCCAAGGCCCCCAGCCCCCCUUCGAGUUCCUCCUGGGGCUACCUCCAGCCAUCGUCUCCGAAAUAGGCAGCCUCGAGCCUUGCCACCUUGGAGAUGAUUGCUUCCCACUAUUCACCCUGGCAGAGAGCACAUGCACUUUAUCUCCCACCCCACUGGCAUGGGGAGGAUCUUCCCCAGCCCUUAUUCCUUCCCUUCCUUUGUGUGUUCUGUCCUUUUGUCCACAACCAAAGCCCUUUCAGUAGAAGGGGUUCCCAUAGACAGUUUGCCCUUCCUAUCCACUAAAUUGGGAAGUGACACUUAUUUAUGUUCCCUCCCCAGCACCCCUAAAUUAUUGGUGUCUUCCCAUUGUGUGUGUCCUCAUCCUCACCCUCAUUACUUCUCCAGGGCCUGGGCGGUGUCCCCUCUGGUUUGGGACAGGGCUAGCUGGGAGGGGUAGUCACUUUUUCAUAUGAUUUUGAUUUGAUUUUUCUGUUUCUUACUUCCAUCCCCAAUCCUGCUCCUCAAUUGCCCCCCACCCCCAAGAAAGAUAAACAUAAAUAAAACAUUCGAGCGGAACCAUACCCUUGGCUCAGGCCGCCGCCUCCGUCUGCUUUGUCCUGCCGCCCCUCAGCCUUCCCUGUAACCCCCCAGAGCCCAACUCAGAGCCCACUUCAUCCCUUUCCUGUCCCACCCCAUGACUGUCUGUCCCCCUCACUCCCAUCUCCAUUGUGUCCCUCUCCCUGGAUCCUCGUCCUUUUUGCUUUGCUCUCUUGGCAGUGUUCUUUGCCCCACCUGGUUUUGCAUUCGGUUUUAGGGACCAGAAUGUGGGAGGUACUGGCUCCCUUGCCCCUAGGCCAUGGAUUCCCUUGAGGCUUGGUAUUCUUCCCAUCAUCCCACCUGGACCUAUUCAUCAGAUGCCUUUGUCAUCCUAUCUUGUGCCUUUGUGUAUUCUGCCUUGCCCCUUCAAUGCACAUUCUCCACUCCACCCACAGUCUUGUCCAAUCUGCCCACUUUCCCCUUCCCUUAUUCUGGCAUGGCCCUUGAGGGCUGGGGCAAAGGGGAGGGUAGCCAGCCCCCCAUAGGGGGCCAUCAAAAUAAAAAAUAAAGCAUGGAUCUUCUGGGACAGGCUGGGGAUAAUGGGCUGAAAAAGAGAUGGAUCUGGUGAUGAAAAAAUGGAAUGCAUCAAGGGGAGUGACAGGUGGCCCAGAAAAGGAAAACCAAAGUAUUGUCAGGGCAAAAGUUGCACAAUCAAUCACCUGGUCCUUGCACCCUCGGGGCCCAAGGCUCUUUCUAUUCCCUACUGCCAUCUCUUGUCCCAUUCCCUGCUGCUUCCUUUUAGGUCGAGUCCCCAUGUUGGGAGAGCACGUCCCUUCUCUCCUAAUUCCCAGUUGGCUUACUUUUCCUUCCCCAAGGCACAAUUUGUAAGACUUUCUCCUUAGUGCUCUGGUCCUUGUGUGUUCUGUCUAAGCUUUAUCUUUUUCACUGGUUCCACACCUGUCAAGUCAUGUGUUGUGUGAUUCUGUUACUUGUUUCCUUAUAUGUGCAUGUUCUCUGUCUUGUGCACAUUCUACUUUCAUCACAUGCUUUCACAUUCAUCUCUACCUCCAUGCAUAUGCUUUCUGAUACCGUUUGUAGUAUUUUCUCUGCUCUGUUCUAUGUUCAGUGUAAUUCAUACUCUUCUCUUUGUGUUUAGCUUCCCCUCUCUGUCUAACAUGUUUUCUGUUUCUCUCCCCUCUCUGUCUGCUUUGGUCUCUCCCUCUCCCUCCUUGUCUUCCCUACCCCCCCUUCCUUUGCCCCGUCCCAUCAUCUCUCCACUCAACCCA